AUGGAAGGGGACCUUGUGAAGAUUAUCCAGGGGAUGCAGACAGAGAUCAACAAACUAGAAAAAGAGAACCAAGUCCUCCGCAUGGAACUCAUGUCAAGUAGUUGGAGAGCAUCAGGCUCAGGCAGAGAAUUGAGAGAUGAAAGGGAAGAACCAGUGACUGGACAAUCUCCAGAAGCCCUGCGCGCUGGAGCUGCCUGGGCCUCAACACCCACCGUGCGGGAACACCAAGGCCACGUCAUGAUUGUCAGACGCUAUUGUGUUUCUCCAUCAACUCAGUCGUUUGCGGCUUGCGACCCUUGGAGAGCUAGGGACAGACCUCCAAAGAGUGGAAUUCCAGACGCUCAACGCAUACUUCAAUACCCAGCAUGGUCUUCAAUUAAAAAGCGAGAUGAUGAGGGAAAGACAUUAAUGGCAGAAUCUUUUCAUGACAAUAGUCCCCACCAAAGAGAUUCUCCUGAGUUUGGUUGCAGGGACAAGAUAAAGACGGUCAGUUUCCUGUUACCCAUGGACCUGUCUUCCAAUUGCAAAAAUUCAAGUUCUUUGAAAUACUCACCAAAUCAGAGCACAACGCAGCUAAGUAUCAUGGCAGAAAAGGAUGUGUGA